AAAAAACCUUUGAAUAAGAAUAAUAUACGGAAAAACUACUACACAGAACUAGUUCUCUGUGCUUGCAAGUCGGUAGCUUUCCUCUACAUACAGUUAUGGCACUGUCUGUUACGUUCUGCUUAUAUACCAUUCUCUUAAUGGCCCAAGGAAACACAUUGGAUACACAUAUUGUUUUGGAAACUGGUGGCAAUAGUAAAGUGUCGUUACUUGAUAGAAGAAAACGUUUGGCCAAUAAUGAUUUCGUAUCUCGAUGUUGGAAUGAUGUGAAUGGAACCAUUGUGAACAGCGUCCUACAAGGACAUUGUCUGUAUAUCACUCAAAAUGAACGCAUAUGUUACAAGUUAAUGCAAUUAAGUGGCAAUAAUAAUAUGGAAGCCGUCGAAGAAUGCACACGUACCGGUAUUGGCUAUGAGCUUGCAGAUGUAAACAGCGCCGUCAUUCUAGAUGCAAUUUCGGAACUUGUUAAUAGACUAGUCAGCAUUUUCGAGAGUGGUGGUAUGUUUGCUGAGAGUGGUGGUAGUAGUGGUAGUGGUAGUGGUAGUGGUAGGUCAAGGCCUAUGACAGCAAAAUAUUGGUUGCUCGUAAAUUCUCCGUUGCAGAACGUCCCAAAGACAGGUGGUUGUUCAAGUUAUGACGAGAAUUUUUAUCCUCAUGCUCAUGAAUGUACAUAUCUUCAGAUUGAAGAAAAUGAAUAUAAAGUUGGAAAGUGCCCUUGUAACAACAGUCAGCAUAUAGAUGGAUUUAUAUGCCAAAGCAGGUUGGAAGUAACACGAGAUACACCGACGACAACAUUGACCAAUAUAUUUCCCGAUGAUGAUGACAUCACCACAAUAGAUUACAAAGUGUCGUCAGGGGUUACUUCUACGCAUCAGCCAGAACAAGAAGUAUCUAAGAUGUCGAAUGUUACACUAAUAUUAAUUGCUUCAGCAGUAGCUGUCGUUUGUAUGGCUGUUUUAGUAAUCUUAUUGCUAAAAAGACGAACCUCUACGAAGGGUGUACCAGGUACGAGUCCUCUAAAACAAGAGAUACAUGAUGUACCAACAACCCAAGUAAAGCAGGCAGGACAUGGUGAUAAUUCUUCAAACCAAUAUUCCAACUAUGGAGCUUCUUUACCAGGAGACUAUGUACAACUUAGUGAUAUUACGCAGAAGAUCCAUAACCCGAAUUACAUUGUCGUAGAUGGCGAUGUUUAUAAUAAUCAGUACGAAAACCCAAUGUUGCCAGUAUCGGUUGAAAAUUCCAAAGCUGAAAGUCUAUUAAAUGACCCUCAACAUGACGUGGUACACCUCGAAGAAGUGGGGAAUAUUAACCCUCAAUAUGACGUGUUAAACCGCGAAAAAGAGGGAAGUCUUGACCCUCAGUAUUAUGUGUUAGACCGUGAAAAAGAAGAGAGUUUUAAUACUCAAUAUGACAUGUUAAACCGUGAAAAAAAGGGGAGUCUUCAUCCUGAAUAUGACGUGUUAAACCGCGAAUAAGAAGGGAGUUUUAGUCCUCAAUGACGUGUUAAACCCCGACGAAAAAAAAGGGAAAGCAAUCACCAGUUGCAUACCCUGAAGAUGUAGAGAACAAAAUGCCCAAAGAUGAAUAUUUUUGUGGUGACUUCAAACAGUGAGAAUUUAGUUUGAUUAAAUUUAGUUAUUAAGGUCUGUCCAGAUUAUCAUUUUUAUUCGUCGACAAUAAACUGUUGUAUGAGCAUAUAUAGUCAUGAUAUGCCUAUAUGGUCAUGAUAGCAUCAUGUCCAUAGGCAUGCUACAGGGCUUUAAGCUCUGUCAAAACUAUCAACUUUGUUUUGACUAAAACACUGUUGUAUGCCCGUAUGUGAAAAUAUAUGGUCAGGAUGUGAUGUCAUCAUGUCAAUAUUUAAGCAUGCCAUAUGUUUUGUCAAAUACAAUUUGAUCGUCUGGACAGGGCUUUAAGUUCUGUCCGGAUUAUAAAAUUUUCGUUGAUCAGCAAUUGUUGUGUUCCCGUAUAGUUAUGAUGUGCCUCUAUUUUCAUUAUGUGAUGUCAACAUGACCAUAAUUAGGCAUGUCACAUGCUUUGUUAAAUAUAAUGUUAUACUGUAGUCUAAAAAUAGCUUUACAAUUUGUCGUAUUCAAAUGAGAACUUUCGUACUCAACAGAGAAUCUUAUUCGUUGAGUUUGUACUUAACGUUCGAAAUACUUCGUUGAGUUUGUAAAUAACGUGGCUAACAUACCGCACUCAACGGUAAAGUCCAAAUUGAAUACUGUACGCCAAAUAAGAAAAUAUGAAAAAAUACACACUACAUAUUAUACAUAAGUUCUCGUUUGAAAAUAUUAUAUUAGUGUCAUCAGUUUUUUUAAAUAUAUAAUCUGUCUAUAUAUACACACUUAUACUGAUAACAGCUUUGUUUGAUUGAAUAUCCACCAAACAUAUUUUUACAACAAUAUUGAGGUGGAUUGUAUUCUAAUUUGGCUGCUAAAAAUUGUAACAUAUCAUUUUAUAUAUAUUUUUAUAUUUGGUAAACUAAUCAAUAAAUUAAUUUCUCAACAAAUCAAUCAAUCAAUUAACCAAACAACCGACCAACCAACCAACCAACCAACCAACUAACCAACCAAACAACCAACCAGCCAACCAAUAAAGGAAGUAUUUUUCCAUACCAUACAAAUCAAGAU